UCAUUUCUAUUUGCGGCUUUACUCGUGUCGGUUGAGUAUCUGUAUCUCAGAGUUACUCGUGUCGGUUGGUUUUCGUGGUCGAGCUUGAGCAGAAAGUGGAAAAUUGUCAUAAAUCUCAUCCAGAGUUCUGUUUUGAUUCCUGCGCCAUGAUCCGGUCCAGUGCGAAAUAGUCCAAUCACCUGAGAAUCGAAGCGGUGUGAUGCUGUGUUGAGUGCCCAGUCCAAUCCGAUUCCCAGUCCCCCAACUACUCGCUGUGCGUGUGUAUGUAUGCACACACGACAAUGUGUGCACAUACAUAUGUCUGCAUGUACAUACGAAAUUGAAAUUAUGCAAAAUGUGCAAUAUACUGGGGAGCCCAGUUAAGGAGCAGUGCUUCAAACGCGAAUCCGAUGGAAAUGUAACUGUUACGUACUGUGUGUGCGAAUUCCACUGUACUUAUCCUGUGCCCGAACCGUCGAGCGAAACCUAUAGGAUACAGUUGUACGGCUCGUUCCGACUUAUAUACAACCUGCAAUGGAAAUAAUUAUUUUGGGAAUGUUUAAUCUCGAUAGCUGUAAAACUGAGAUACCAGUUGAAGAGCAGCGUAGAAACGGACAGACUGAUGGGCAGACGGGCAUGGCUAGAUCGAUCACGGCUACAAGCAAGGGAUAAACAUUUUUUUAAAAGGAACAUCGGUUUUUCACAAAAUUGGCGGCGAUUCUUGGGCUUCCUGCGCAGCGCAAGUUUGAUUUAUCGGAGUGCCACGUCCACUCCAACGCCCAUAACGCUAAAUCUGUCUGGCGCCCACAUUCUUUAUUGUUUUGUGAAAGCUUAAAAGGCAUGCCUAUAGCGCAUCUGGCACUUAACACAGUCCACGAAAGUAACUUUUCUGAGACUAAGGAUUCCAAAUAAUAUAGAUCAUUUUUAAUGGGAUGUUAUUGGAAAUGAUCGAAUGCGACCACAGUUUUUCUCCUAAAUGGACAUUCAAUAAAUAGGAGAUGCAAGUGGAAAGAAAAAUCAUCCCACUGAUAAGUAGUUCCUUCACUCACGCGCCUACAAUAGCUUCAUUAGUCUUAGGAAUAGCUCCAAUAAAAUCAGCGAGAUCUUUUGCCGCCCCAGAAAAUAUCAUAAAAGUUUUGCAAACUUUUAGAUCUGCACUGACUGAACAAGCCACAGUGCAGAGGGCAAAGAAACCCGUUAGCACUGUAAUGGCAUCAAAGGGUGAUGUAAGCUUGGCGCAGUCAGAUGCGACAGUGCCGACAUUGACGCCAUCAACCCCAUACCUAGGUAGUUCAGAAAGUGGCAGCAAUGAACAAGACAAAUAUAUAUCUGGCCUUCCGAACAAUCGCAAGCGCUUGAAGCUGUCCACUCUUGAACUAAACAGCAGCCAGGGCAAUGAUGUUGACAGUCCAAUCGACGAGGCCGACUUGGAUCAAAAUGCAAGAAUUUCAGACAGUAAGUCAGAUGACUAUGCUGAUAUGGAAAAUCGUCUGCCAAGCAACUGCAACAGCGUCAUUGAGGGGGCAUUAUCUGUGGACAGCUCGGAGAGGAAAAGUCCAGAAAAAUUGGUCCAAUUCGAUAACAACUGCUAUGUGCCUCCGGAGCAGGCACUGGUUACCAGUGUGGAAUUGGUAGUUCCAGCCCCUCAGAACUCUUCGUCAAGCAUACCGGUCAGGCGCUCCGAGGACCCAAAGCACAGCGCCCUUGGAGAAUCCUCGGCAGCCUCGUCAUCGACCAUUGAUAACAAACUGCAGUACAGUACGGCUGGUCUUUACAACUCUAGUAGUUCCACAAGUAUAUUAGCAAACGAUAAAAUCGAUGGUUGUGCAAAUGACUCUUCCAAUUUGAACUUAAGAACUCCUACUAAGUUAGCAGUAACGACAGCAACGGGUGAUAUUUUGAUUGAUGAUCGGAGGACUUCUUUAUGGACGCCUCACCAUGACCAGUCGGGGCAAACGCAGCAGCAGUCGAGUGAGCCUAAGCAAGAACCUGUGAAUGCUAGCUCGGAACUGUCAUACCAACUUCAGCACCGGCAAUCCGAACUUUUGCUUCAAAUUGAGAAGGAGAGCUCUGGAACGGGUGCUUUUUCCCAGGCGAUUCCACUUUCAUUGCAGCAUCAACAUAACAAUGGUACACAAGAACAAUAUGGCCAAGCAGAAGCGACUUCUAUUAUGGAAAACCAGAUGCACCAUAGUUUUUAUACACAAAUGAUGCACCAGCAGCAUCUACAUCCAAAUCAGCAUCAACAAAGCAUGCAUGAACACAGUCCCAGACAUCAGCAGCAUACAGGUUAUACAAGCUAUAUACCCCAUUAUCAGAACUCUCCGAUGUUUGGUACUCACCAAAAUGAUCAUAUCCAACGUCAACACCAACAGCAGCAGCCUCUGCAACAUCCCAUGGAAUGUCAUGGGCAUUUACAUCAAACAGCACCCAUUUUACAGCAACACCAACAUCAUUUGCAACAUGAACGGCAGCAAAUUCAUCAACACCAGCAUCAACCGACACAGCAACAACAGCCAUUGCACGAGAGCUAUCAUGAUCUUAUUAUGGAGGAUUUCCAAGAGGAGCCUAGCACAGCGUUCAAAUUAACGCUCUCCCCAAGUAACGCGAAACCUGAGAAUCAAGAUGACGGUUACGAGACGAGCGCCGGCGACGUUUUAACACCGAAUUCUCAUAGCUCUUCCACACACUCUGUUACCCCUCAGCAUCAAAUGCAACAUCCUAACAUCGGGCUUAUCCCGCAGAAUCAGAAGAAGCCCGAUGAGCUUGUAUUGGCAAAAAACGUACUUACCGGUGAAGCUCACUCUGACCCCACUGCGUGCUCUUCCAACAGUAUUCAAGGACAGGUUUCCGCCUCCCAGACACAUCUCGAGCUGAGUGGAGAUACUCGAUGCUCAAGCCAUGUCUCUGUUGUCAAUCCCUACAGUUUCAUGGGCGAGGAGAUGCGCAUGCAUUCUCCAGCCCAUCGCCAUAUGGAGACUGUUACUACUGAAACGGCUCGCUUCGCCUCGGGUCCAGCGCCAAUGUCAGCUUCGAAUGGCAAUCAGGAGUGCCUAAGCGGAGAAUUAUACCAACACACCCAUCAUAGUACAAGUAUCUUGGAACAAACUGACAGCUCUCAAUGCGGCUUGCAUUCUAAGCCAACGCCAAAAAAAAGGGGGCGCAAAAAAAAGCUGGUGGCUGACAGUAACGAUAUCACGCAGAUCUCAACACCAGCGAGUCAACAAGAAAUGUCUGGCGGCACUUCAGUUUGCGAAGAUGGUGGUGUUGAUCACCUACAAGCCAUGAAACCCAAGGAACGCAAGAAGCAUGACAGAUUUAAUGGAAUGUCUGAGGAAGAAGUAAUUAAACGGACAAUUCCAGAUCAUCUGUGUGAUAAUCUUGAUAUUGUUAUAGUAGGAAUAAAUCCUGGAUUGUUCGCCGCAUAUAAAGGUCACCACUACGCAGGACCAGGCAAUCACUUCUGGAAGUGCCUUUACUUGGCAGGACUUACUCAGGAGCAGAUGAGUGCCGAUGAGGAUCACAAAUUGCUAAAGCAUGGAAUCGGAUUUACAAACAUGGUGGCGAGAGCCACCAAAGGUUCAGCUGACCUUACAAGAAAGGAAAUAAAGGAGGGCAGCCGAAUUUUGCUGGAAAAGCUUCAAAGGUUCCGGCCAAAAGUAGCCGUUUUCAAUGGCAAACUUAUUUUUGAGGUGUUUUCUGGAAAAAAGGAGUUUCACUUUGGUCGGCAGCCUGAUCGCGUCGACGGCACUGACACAUACAUUUGGGUGAUGCCAUCAUCAUCAGCACGAUGCGCACAGUUGCCUCGCGCUGCCGACAAAGUUCCCUUUUAUGCGGCUCUUAAGAAGUUUCGGGACUUUCUCAACGGGCAGAUACCCCACAUAGAUGAGUCUGAAUGCGUGUUCACAGAUCAGCGAAUCCGACAGUGUAGCGAGCAGCAGCAGGUUGAAACCAGCGGUAAAAUGAAGCAAACUCAUCAAACUUCCCUUGGAGAUCCUCAAGCGAGUUUAGCUUUUGUGGGAAACUGUAGUGGGUCAAGCGCAGGCGCUGCGGAAUGUGGUAAUGUCGCCGAGGAGGCAGAUGACAAAAUGAUGCCCCGUAUGACAGCCAAUGUGUCAUCUUCCAAUAAUGCGACGGAUCGUGGAGCAUUUUCCUUUACGGGAGACGAUAGACCCAUGCUGCCGGUAUCAAAUCACAACACCGCCCCUAAUGAAAGCACUUACUUAUCUGUGUUUGGUCCGCAGCAAUCCCUGCCGCAGCAACCAUUAGAGAAGAAAAAACGUGGUCGUCCAAAAAAGAUAAAGGGACAAGAGAUAAUUGAUCGUUCUGUGGGCGGUAAAAUCGCCAUGGGCGGAUCACAUAUGCCUCAGCACGAUUUUAACAAUAUACUAAACCUUUCGGUUAUCUCAGCCGGCGGCAGCAUCGAAACUCCAAAAAAGAAGAGGGGCAGGCCAAAAAAACUGAAACCCGCUAUUGACAAUAUUCUGUCUGUCAAACAGCUUCAGCACGGAAACACUAAUCCAAACACGGCAGCCGGAUUGUCAGUAACCUCAAUGCAUCCACUCUCAAUGGAGCAUAUAGCAGCGUCCCCGCAGAGCAGUCAUCAAAUGCCGCCUAGUUUGUACAAUACGCCGCCACCGUCGCACCUUUUGUACAACGCAUCGGCAUCACCGAUGGCAUCCCCCGCCCUCAAUUGCAACUACAAUCAAGUGCACAGCCAUGGAACUCCACCAGUGGGGCAAGCGACUCCCGUCGCGCAGGGCACGUCGCCCAAUAUCGACCCCCAGAACGAGCACCUGUCUCCCCAGAAGCAAAGUCAGCAUGGAAAUAUGGAAGCUGGACUAGAUAUGCGGGAUCAACCUCACUUGGGUGAGACGCCUCCUCCAAGUUCGCCAAACAUGUGUCCAGCUGUCGAUUUCGAGCCACCAGACGAGCACUCCGACUCGCAAGUGGGCUCAGGGGAGCCAAAUAAAACAGUUGAGUUGGGCCAACAGCAAUCGCAAACAGUGGAAAAGGACCAAUAUGACAGUCCCGCACGUGAUGCCGAAGCAAACAUAGCCCAUCCUCACGAGCACUACCAGCAAUGGGUUUCGCCGCAUACCCAACAAAGUCUUCAGCCAGCGCAGAAACUAACGCAUCAGCACCUCCAUCACCCCAUGCAGCACUUUCAGCAGGAGCAGUCGGACAACUGGCAGCGCUACGAAGAACAGAACUCGAAUCCUUACAUGCUAAUUACUGCUCACCACCAGAAUCUUAGUCCAAGGCUGGGAAAUCAGAGCCACCAGAACACUCCCCAGCCAGGACACAUCGGCUCAGACGUUGCUCGCAAGAGCUUGUGUGGCCUCGAAUCGCUGGUUGAUCAAAUACCAGCAAUAAGGGAACACGAGUGCAGCAAUAUACCAUCGGCGACAGCAGCGGCAGCAGCGGCUGCUGUCGAAAGUCGUCUUCUGGGUUUGCAUCAACAGCAGCAACAACAACACCAACAACAGCAGCAGCAGCAGCAGCAGCAUCAUCUACAGCAGCAACAACAGCAACCACAACACCAGCACCAGCAGCAACAACAACAACAGCAGCCACAACAACAGCACCAGCAACCAAAACGUUGCAAUCAAGAGAAUCCGGUACAGGCGGAAUCAUGUAGACCAAGAGAGAAUAGCAACGUCAGCAACAACAAUUUUUCUGUAAGCAGUUUAGCUGCUUCCGCUUCGACUGCAAGAACUGACAACGAAGCUUUAUAUGGCAACAGUGGAGAAACCCGAGUCAACAGUGAAAGCAGCAAUAGUAACAACAACAAUUGUGGCAACAGCAUCGAGUAUCCUAUUCAUAGUCCAUCCGGUUAUCCUCAUCAUGCACCUCACUUGAUGGGUAGCGCUAUAGGGGCGAAUAUUAAUAACUCGGAGCCCAAUCCGCAUCACCUUUCCCACCCUCAUCCACCUCCUCACUCACAUCCGCAUCCAAUGUACGUGGACCAAGCUCACCAUAUGGCCCACAUCCCGUCAGUAAAUGUGAAUUCAAUGUACAGUGCAUCUGCAUAUGGAACGCAUCCACAACAUAAUACAGGAGAAUAUGCAGCAACACACAGCCACUAUAGUCUGGGCGGUACCAUUCAGUCUACUGGGCCAACCAGCACUGCAACCUUACACGUCCCGAGUCCAAAUUAUCCUUUUGGACACCACCCAUAUAGUCACACACCGCCACAAGCAAAUUACCCAAGCUAUACUCAUCCACAUACUCAUCAUCAUUCACACCAUAGUCAUCCCUCACAUCAUCUGAGCGUAUUUGAUCACCUAAAGCCGUCCGACAUAAGUGGGUACGGCGGUUUUUGAUUAAAAGAAGAUCAAGAGGAUACACAGCAACCGUUACCGAUAUCAGAAUCGCAACGAUCCGAAUACAGCGACUUGAUGUAAAUGUAAAUCUUAUAAGAUUUUGCGUCCCGCCGCAUCUCAGCAAUAUUUAUCAAUCUCCGGCUUUGCCGAUUCUAAAUUAAGGAACUUUUAGAUCUUAUAUAUACAAUAAGAUAACCAAAGACUCCGCCUAAUAGAAUUAUUUAAGCGUUACUUUCUUAAAUUACAAAAUACUACAUAUGAUAAUGUUUACUUAAACUAUAUACGUAACUUACAAGAAAGAUCGAUCCCGAAACGUUUGUUUGUACUUAAUGAGAUAAUUUAAGUAUACUUUAUUUUAUUCACACAUAAAUAUCGCAAAACUUACUAUUAAAUAAUAAAGUUUCAAAACGAUAUUCAAAACAGAGCCAGACCUUAAUCUGGUUCCCCCGUAGCAAUAUAUUUUUCAGUUAACCACCACACCAGGUUCGCCGCUUUGUUUUGAAAGCUGUUUUGCGCAUAAAUAUAAAAAAUUAAAGAUAUUAUAUUUUUCUUAAAAUGUAUUGAGUAGGGCUGAUAAAACCUAUUUCUAGUUCAUGCAAAUAAUUAUAAAUACCUAACUAUAUUGGCAAUAAUUCUCAUUAAAAAAUGAAAACAAAACAUCGCAUUUCCAAUUGAAAUUCGUUUUAAAGCAUUCAUAAAAAAACCACGUGUAAUGUUCCACUGCUAACAUUUUUUCAUUGUAAAGUAACAUUUUCGGCAUCCCUUUUUAACUAAACAAGUACAUAUUAUGCUGUGAUAUUGUUUUCGAUUUGAGACCGAAUAAAAUUUCACGGAUUUAGUCUUUUUAUGUUAUUUUCGCGUAGGCGAAAUAAAUGUUUCGAUUAGCCCUUAGUGAUUUUCAGUAAAAACAUUCGGGCGUGCCAAGAAAAUAUCUUUUAACCAAAUUCGCUAGGAGUUUUUACGAACAUUAAUAAAACUGGUUUUGGUUGAAAAAAAUGUAUGUGACAACAUAUUAAAAUCAUUUCUUACCAAUUAAAAAUUCAACGUAUAAUUUGUUUAUUCCAAUUAUCUUGUGUAUUGGUUUCCGAGAUAUCGACGUUCUCAACUAUCACUCUACGAUUAAUAGGUUAAAAAUUAGUUAUUAGUUACAUUCUUUCAUUUACUCUAAAAUUGCUUCAGCAGCUAGACCAGUGAGUUUGUGCAGUUCCAAUGUGCUUGCACUAACCCUAGUAAGUCUGAAUAAAAAAAAGCUGUUUAUUUAAUUGAAUAUUUCGUUCUGCCCAGGAUAAUGAAGAGAAGACGAAGAAUAUAUGCCGUAUAGUUGUUGUAAUUCAAAAAAUGCGCAUCGAGAUAGAAUUUAAGGAUAGAAACUAUUAAUAUUAAUGUAAAUAAAUAGAUACAUUAUAAAUUUAAUGUAAAUUCUUUUUUGCUCUAUAAGCUUACUAAAUCUUUAAAACUCUGCAAUCUUGUGCAUAUUGCGAAUUUAAAUUAAAUUAAACACUUUUUUAUGUUUAUAGAAAAAUAGUUUUAUUGUAAUUUAUUUAAAUUUAGUUUUGUGUAUAUUUACAAUUUGAAAACUAAUAUUAGCAAGGCAUAAACUAUUAAUAAAAACUGUUUUGAAAGGUGCAAUAAAUAAACAAAUAUAUAUUAGAAAUAUCAUCGAUCGAAUGAAAACUCCAAUUAAUAAAAUAAAAUUCUUUCAUUAUUAUUAUUUAUUACCUUCGGAUAAAGAACAUCCCGUAUACAUAUUUUUGUUCAACUGCUAAAUAUUUUUUUGCGUUUAGUAAGAUACUUUCACUUACGUCAAUAAAAAAUGUCAUAUUGAACUAAGGUACUAUUUAACAAGUACUUAUUAUGC